CAAAUCGUUUCAGCUGAAAGCCAAAAUGACGAGCCAAACUCUACCAAGUAAAAAGCUUAUUCGUAGUUUGCAGUUAAAGGUUCAAGAAAUCGAGGACGUAAGGACUGGACUUAUUAAUUCAAUGGAGAGUUUCGUAAAUAAGGUAUUUAAAAUGAGACUUUGACAAUAGUUUCGGCAAAGGCCUACAACUACUCUCGAAUUUCCACGGUGGACAACUAUUUAUCCUGCGUUUUUGGGGAAAUCCCGAAAAGUCAUUCUUUAAAAGUAUGUAAACCAGCAUUAGCCGGCAGACUAAUUUUAAAUACAGAAAUAGCCAAAGCUGUCCAUUUAAUUGAAUAAUUAAAAAAUAUUGUUUACACCCCCCAACACAUUCUUUUGCUGUAAAUCAGGCGUGAAAACAGCGGUAAGGAAUUACCACUUUGUUAUACUUACUUGAAGGUUCUAUUUUCAGUUUCAUAAUUAAAAUAAUAAUAGUAUUAAUAAUAGGCCUAAUCAUGUUUACAGGAAAAUUUCUAUUUACUCUAUUUCUGAGUGAAAGUAUUAAAUUAAAGUAUUAGAAAUGCUACUCUGAGAAUGCGAAAUUAUGAAUAUGAAACAAAGCACCCAGUUUGACUCAGAUAUUACAAUUUACAAUACACUACUACAUAGACUACACAGCACUUUCCCUUCUUUAAUUCCGCACAAUUUCUUAGCAAUGACUGAAGAGGUUUGAGGCUGUAGCAAAUAAUUUUGGAGUCAUUUCAUCUGGAACAAAACUUUUGCAUGUCGCAAUAAACUAUGUAGCAGGCCCCUAUUAUUUAAUUUAUGUAUUACUUUUCUUUCUAUAACUAUAUUUUAAUAUUUUCUUUAUCCCUCACAAAAACAAUACUCAAGAAAACAUUCCUGGGUUGCUCUUUAAAUGUCUUAAUUGGUAUAAUAAGAGAGGUAGUAUAAAUUAUGUAUCUACUUUUAAAAUGUUUAAGUACAUCCUGCAAUUAUGUAUAUAUAUUAUAUAUAUAUUAUAUUUGUAAUCAUUUAUUUUUAAUGAUUCGUAGCCAAUCAAUGAUGUAGCAUCAGUAUCAGAAAGUGGAGAGCUGAGCACCGAAAGAUUUCGAGAGAUGAGUUCUUAUUUGGAUUAUGUGCUGAGUACUUUAGUUGAAAUUGAUUCACAAAUUCAAAGUAAGUUUUAAGAAAAAAAUGAAUUAAUAUUUAGAAAUAAAUUUAAAGAAAUUUUUCACUCAAAUGGACCUACAGCAUAAGGUCAAAGUUUAAUUUCUAAAAUUUAACAAGUGAUUUAUUUUAUUGCAAAUUGUAAACAUUAAAUUUAUAUGUUUGAAAAUCAAGUAUACCCAAAAGAAAAUUGCUGCACAUAUGUUUAAAAAAACUGGUCUAAGAUCAUAGAUAACGUUCAAUGUUUUUACAAAUUUUUCAGAACCAUACAGCGCUGGCUCUGUUCCACAAGUAAGCGACCUUGUAGAUAAAAUAAGCCAAAAACUUUCAAUGGAAUUUUCAAAUUCAUUGGCACAAAGAGAUGAACGUUUUACACAUUUAGAAAUGCAAGCUGAAAAAAUGACCCAAGACUCAUCUUAUCUGAUAAAUCAGUGGGAGGAGAAAGAAAAGAAAAUACACACUAGUAUUAAUCAUUUAAUGCAUAAAACAGAUAACCUUUCCUCUAUAGUAACAAAUCAAGUAAAUGAACAGACAAAGAAUACAGACUCAUUGAAAUUAAAAAUAUGUGACCUGGAAAGCCAGGCUGACAAAAAUAAUUGUCAGUUCUCCAGCAUAGCUUGUGAAAUCAAUGGCUUACGUGAAAGCUGUGAAGGGCAUGGAUGUCAGCUGAUCAAUCUUCAACGUCAGAUAAAAACUCUUGGACACCAGGUAAAAGAAAAAAACAAUGAACAUUACAUCCAUGGACAGGGGUGGGGCAAGCAACAACUGCCCCUGGAGCAAUGCCUGAAUUUAUGCACCCAAUGUUUUGGAUAAAAAGUUUUUGUAAAAUUGACGCUCUACUGUAUAUAUUUAUAUCCAGCUUACUUUCAUUUUAAGAACAUGUAGAUAACUCACUCUUUUAAAAUUAAAAUUUUCUUGAGUUUUUAAAACUUUCAUAUAAAACUUCAUUAAACACAAAAUGUCCCAAUUUCUUUUCAGUUGAAGCAUUUAUUAUAAUAAGCACAUCAUAACCGACAGUUGAAAGUUACCAUGUCACUUAAACUUUUGUUUAGCAUUUUAGUCCUCCAAUUUGAUUAGUUCUAAUCAAUGCUUCACAGCAACUUUUAUCAGAGUCUCUCACAACUAGACUUGAAUCCUCCGAACAACCUGAUGCAGAAUCAAACCUUCAGGCUGAAGCUCGACUAAAAAAUACUAAGUCCAGUUCUGCAGCUGCUGCCCCAAUUCAUAGUUCUAAAACUCUGUUGCCAGAAAAAGGGAAAAUUCUUCAGGAUCCAGACCAUGUUAUGAAAAGCAAAGCCAACUCAUCUACAGUUUUAAAAGACAACAGGACUAGCUCUGAAGAGCAAAAUAAAGAAAAAGGUACAAAUGGUAAUGUAGUGAAAUUCAAUUUAAAAUCUUUGCAAAAUUAAAUUCUGAAUAUUUUAAAAUUUAUGUAUCAGCCAGAAAGAACAAAAUCCUCUUCUCUUUGGGUAACACUUUAAAAAAAAUCGAAUUACCUUGACAGGGACAGAAUUUUGUAAUUAAUGCGCUCACUCACAGGAACCCAAUGGAGAUCUCGUAGAACUGGGGUGAUGUGGUCAGAUUUCUUUAUCCGCAAUAUAAUGCGUGCUGCAGUAUUUUGUACCUUCAGGAGUCUCUGAAUUUGGUUCUGAGGUAAACCCCACAAACAACUUUUAGAGUAAUCUAAUCUUGACUGGAUUAGAGUUACCGCUAAAGCAUUGGCUGUUCUCUUAUUGAGUUGAGGACGCAGCUGACAAAUAAGUUUUACCAAGUGUGGUGCUGCACCCAUUCUAACUCUUUACACAUGCUUUAGUCUUUAAUUAUAAAUUCUUUCAACAUUAUUAAAUGCAAAUUUAUAUUUUAGCAACAAAUUUAAGUUUACAGUGCUAUCACAUUUUCAUAUGGUAUAGUAAAAAGUGUAUAAUAUAGGCCUACUGAUUGCUGUCUAUAUAUACUUUAAAGGUGUUUUACUCAAUCAAAGUGAGUUGGGUUUUUUUUUUUCUUUCUUUUUUACAAAAGAAAAUCUCCCAUCUGCCUGCUUUUGAAAUUCUGCAGGUGACAAAAGUAAUAUGGGGAAAGUAAAAAUACAAUUACUUGUUUUAUUUCUUUGGUAAUAAGAGAAGAGGGUGGGUGGGGGAUUUUUUUUUUUAGUUUUAUACAAAUGUCUGCAUUAGGCUGGGAAUUUAACUCCAAUGCACAAGUAUGGAAUUAUACCGUUUAUGACCAUUCAGCCAUCCAGCCACACCUGAAAAUAAAAUUUAAAAAAUCAUAACAUACUAAAAUUCACUCUUUGAAUAAUCCCUGAGUCUGAUUAUUUGAUUUGCUACAAAAAUUUGAAGAAUUAUUGAACUAUUACGAAAUUUUAAUCAUUUGUUAUCAAUAUUAUUAUUCAAUAGUCAACAAUGUUCAAACACUUUUUUACAGUCAAUUUUGUAUUUCUAAUAUUCAUAGUGAAUUUCCGAAUUAAACACCAAUACUAUUACUGGCAUGAUUCACACACAGAACUUACAGAGUCCAAUGUCUAGAUUGGGGGGGGGGGGAGGGUGAGGGUUGCCACAUGUAUGUAGUCAGUACUUGAUUUGGGGGUCUGUAGUGUGGAUGCAAAAUAUUUACAUUCAUGGAUUUUAGUCAAAUUUCUUUUCGAAUGCACUAUACUAUAUAGUUAAACAAAAUAAUGCGUUCAAAAAGAAAUUUGAAGCAGAAUUUUAACGUGUGAACUGAAAAAAAGAUUCGACCAAAUUUCUUUCGAUAAAAUAUCCGGAUGCGGUUAAAAUGUCCAUUAACUAGUAUUGUCUGUGUAUCAUUCCUGUUUAUACACUGCUAUUAAUUGCUAUUGUCUCCCUAAGCUCACCAACAGCUUUAUGUAGACCUAUAUAGUGACAAUAUUUUUUUUUUUUUUAAUGUUGAGCCGGCGGUGGGAAACAGAAUGUCAUCAUCUAGAAUGGAUAUUGAACCCAACUAGUAUAUGCAAUCUUACUUGUCUUACUGGCUGGUUUUUUCAUAAAAUAUUUGUGUUCUAUUUUCAUUGACUGUUUUACAGUCUGGAAAUCAACAUGUUGAUCAUAUACUUCCUUAUAUUUCUGAUGAGCUUUUCUAUUGCACUUAUGAAAUAAUGUUUAGUAAUUGAACUUGCAGGAAAAAAAACCAAACAACAACAGACCAGUUCAUGAUCAAACAGCUUAGAAAGCCUUAUUUUACCUUGAUAAAGUUUUUGUAACAUUCUCCUUCAUUCCGCCUCCACAAAUGCUCUUUUAUGGAUGAUUUGAAUUGCCAGAAACAUAAUAGGGUUUGUCAUAUUUAAUUGUCCCAUUGCAUUCAUUACACAAUGUUACUAUUUUUAGACAAUAUUUUCAUAAAACAUGGCUUCUAACAAUGUAUUUCCGCAUAUAUAUAGCUGUAACAAUUUGUUUGUAAAAUCUUUGAUACAAUAAAGUUGUAAACGUGUUUAAGUCUACGUUAAGGUUCACAUUGUCAAAAAUUUAAGGAACAGCUGUUGACAGAUUGCCCAAGCGAAAUAACAGGAUGUUUUAUUAAUAUCUUAAUGAGAUUGGCCAGACUGUACACUUAGAUUUUCUAUUAAAAGAUUUCCACCAUUAAAUGACAAACCCUAUUGGAAAUACUUUCUCUUUUAUUAAUCUUGUAUAUCAGUUGUUUUUACAAGGCAAACAUUUUCCAAUAACUUUUCAAAUUCAGAUUUUUGCAUGUGCUAAUUCUAUUAUUUGGUAUUUUAGGAAAUGGUUUUGCAUUUUAUGCUCAUCUAGCAAUAAUUUUAAGAAGCAGACAAAUUUUCAAAUCUAAAGCUUCAAUUACGAUACUUAAGACUUUUUCUGAAAUGUCAAAGUAAAUCUUUAUCAUAUAGUCAUGACCAUUUCUUUUUUUUAAACCAAUCAGCAGAUAUUGACAAAAAAUUCAAUACUACCAAACAGCCACAGCCAGAAAUAUUUAAGG